UAUAAAUGCAGCUGCAUUUCUGAUGAUUGCAGCUGAUGACUCUGACUUCAGCGAUGGCUUUCUGCAAAGUGAUCUGUGUGGCAACUCUGCUGACUCUCCUGUCACAAGAGUCUCAGUCACAACUAAGUGUGUGUGGUAAACCUCCAUUCAACACCAAGAUUGUUGGAGGACAGGUGGCCUCUGCAGGCAGCUGGCCCUGGCAGGCCAGUCUGCGAACCUCUGGGUUCCACUUCUGUGCAGGAACCCUCAUCAACAAUCAAUGGGUGCUGACUGCUGCUCACUGCUGCGCAAGAUCAGGCGUAAGCACGAGCACUCUGACUGUGUCUCUGGGUCUCCAGAGUCUACAGGGAUCAAACCCCAACCUAGCGUUGCGGACAGUAUCACAGAUCAUCAUUCAUCCCAACUUUAACAUUGCAACUUUUAACAACGACAUCUGCCUCCUGAGGCUCUCCUCACCCGUGACUUUCACCACCUACAUUCAGCCCGUCUGUCUGGCAGCCACAGGCAGCACCUUCUACAAGGGGACUCUCUCCUGGUCCACCGGCUGGGGCAAUGUUGGAACUGGAGUUUCCCUUCCUUUCCCACAACACCUAAUGGAGGUGCAGCUGCCGAUUGUAGGAAACAGAGAGUGUAACUGUAACUACGGAGUGGGUGUGGUCACAGACAACAUGAUGUGCGCAGGGUUCAGUGCUGGAGGGAAGGGCAUCUGUCAUGGGGAUGGAGGAGGUCCGCUGGUGAGCAAGCAGGGCGGUCGCUGGAUCCAGGGGGGAAUCGUGAGUUUUACCAGUAGUCUGGGCUGUGCCGUGCCUAAUCGCCCAUCAGGCUACACCCGAGUGUCCCAGUAUCAGUCCUGGAUCAACAGCCAGAUCACCAGCAACCAGCCAGGCUUCCUCACCUAUAUCUCCACUGGGACUGAUGGUGACCUCAGCGUUAGCUGCCCUGGCCUGCCACUAUCAAUACCCCAAGUGUGUGGUCUGCCACCAUUCAACACCAAGAUUGUUGGAGGACAGGUGGCCUCUGCAGGCAGCUGGCCCUGGCAGGCCAGUCUGCAAAGGUCUGGGUUCCACAUCUGUGGAGGAACCCUCAUUAACAACGACUGGGUGCUGACUGCUGCUCACUGCUGUGCAAGAUCAGACGUAAGCACGAGCACUCUGACUGUGUCUCUGGGUCUCCAGAGUCUACAGGGAUCAAAUCCCAAUCAGGUGUCUCGGACAGUAUCACAGAUCAUCAUUCAUCCCAACUAUAACUCUGUAACUUUGGACAACGACAUCUGCCUCCUGAAGCUCUCCUCACCGGUGGCUUUCACCACCUACAUCCAGCCCGUCUGUCUGGCAGCUCCAGGCAGCACCUUCUACAAGGGGACUCUCUCCUGGGCCACCGGCUGGGGUAGAAUUGGAACUGGAGUGCCCCUUCCUUCCCCAGGAAACCUAUUGGAGGUGCAGCUGCCGAUUGUGGGGAACAGACAGUGUAGCUGUACCUAUGGACCGAGCAUCAUCACAAGCAACAAGAUGUGCACCGGGUUUAGUACUGGAGGAAGGGACAUCUGUCAGGGGGAUGGAGGAGGUCCGCUGGUGAACAAGCAGGCCGGUCGCUGGAUCCAGGGGGGAAUCACGAGUUUUACCAGUAGUCUGGGCUGUGCCCUGCCUAAUUUCCCAUCAGGCUACACCCGAGUGUCCCAGUAUCAGUCCUGGAUCAACAGCCUGAUCACCAGCUUUCAGCCAGGAUACUACACCUACACGUCCACUGGGAUUGACGGUGACCUCAGCGUCACCUGUACACCACCAUGAAGCACACCCUAACGGUGAUCUGGUGGUGAGCAGGGCGGCUCUGGUUCCAGGCAGCAGUGUUAUUAGUAAACAACGCCACCUUCCUGGCUCAGACAGUGGAGACUCCACCAGCACCACCAGCAACAGCACAGCUGCCGGCGAUUUACUAACUACCAGCAGAGGCGCUCCUACUCAAUCCCCGUUCUUCUUCUUUCUUAUCUUCUCUGUGUGAUAGAUUCUGGAUGGCAACUGCUUUCUCUCUAUAAUGAAGGAUGUAAAAUCAAUAAAUGAAUGACAAUGAAUUGUUUAAGCAGCACCGAGCAAACGUAGGUAUAUGUAGCCUGGCAUACCAGCGUGUCAUUGUUUUUGAAGGAUGUUAUGCAAAGACAAAUCGAUGAUUUUGCAUUUAAAUAAAACUACCCCAAAAAUAAAAUCUGACAGUGUCUCAUGCUGUCAUGGAAUUUCUUACAGUAGUUAACAAAUGGAUUAAAAAACUCAGGUCAAAGGAACACAUGUCCAUCAUCUGCCUAUUUGUGCUACUGUACCUUAAUGUACAAAUACAUCUAAAGUGAUACCCAAAACAUUAGCUCUAAAAAUACUUUCAAUAAUUAAUAAUAAUUUACUUUGAAAUAUAAAUGUCAAUUUUAAGUCUUGUCAAGCUUUGCCGUGGCAACAACUGUACUGUAGAUGUGAAAGUGCUAAAUAAUUAAGCCCUUUGAUUUUUUAAAUCAUAUUAACCUGCUUUUUAAUUAAGGGAAAUCCUUUCUGUUUGCUUUAUGCUUUGAGCACAUGUAUGCUACUGCUCUCAGUUUUAUUUCUGAACUCAACUAAUGCAGUCUAAUCCAACAGUCCUGCAGUAAAUCCUCCUUCAUGAUGGUUAUUAUCUGUUUGUGUUGAAACUGUUUUAGAGAUGUGUUGAUUCAACUGUAUGGUCAUUUUGGAAGCUGCAGUUUUUGUUUUUGAAGCCACACGUGUAUCAAAAUAAAGUAAUUGAACAAAUGAA